GAAGUGUUGAGCAGUGUUAAAAAUGACUUUCCAAAAUUUAAAUGAAUGGAAAGAGACAACCUAGGUUAUGUGAAAUGAAACUCCAAUGAUGACUUCAUCGUUGUUCUUGGAGAGGAGACUUGGUGAUCUCCCCGUGCUAGAUAGGAGUAAAAUAGGGGGUUCCUCCUCAAGAAAGAGGGACAGUGCACAGAAAAAUGAAACAUACUUAGUGAGUGUAUCAGCAAAGAAACCAAUUGGUGUCCCUGAGGCCCAUGCAGUGCCUCGACCAUCUGUACGACAAGCCGUUAGAAGAAGGCUCAACUUUCUGGACAGUGACGACGAUUUCCAACCAACACCAGGCUUUGAUUUCACUGACAAGAUGGCUGCUUUUAGGGAACUUCUGAAGAAAGAUUCUGAACGAGAUGCUGAAAGAAAUAGAAAGAACUUUGAGAAUAGGUACACUGGUGAAGUGGGGAGGCCUCACAUCAGGGACACAGAGGGAGGGGGUCCACCAAGUGAGAAUGGAUUACCGAGGUCAAGGGAAGCCCGGAGAUUACUCAGUAGGUUGGCUGAUGAAAAACUCGCUAGGAUGUCAUACAGGAAUUACCGUGCUCAGCUUCAUCUUCAAAGUGCAUCUUAUUCGCAUAACAACCAGGAAAGAAGGGUUGAUAUGCCAAAAACUGAAAACAAAAGUGAAAAUAGAGAUGAGGAUUAUCUAGAUAAAUUUUUAUCAGAAAGAACUAGCAUAAGGUCGUCAAGCCAACAGAGAGAAGCUAGCCAUCAAAACGAUGCUGAUCUUGACAAAAUUCCACAGAAGGAAUCCCCUUGUCAGACAAACUGUGAUAAAAUUCCAUUGUGCCAAAGGAAUCCAUUACAGGAACCAGGUCUUCUUUUAAAUGACACUAUGGGCUCCACAAGUACCCUAAAUAGGAAAAUAGGAAAGGUUUCAAUACAGUCUAAUGUUCCUCAUUAUCAUCCUUCAUAUGUAUCAACAAAGGAACCUCCCUCUGAAACUGUGAAAUCUUUGAGCAAACAACCAAACUCUAAAGGACUGGGACUAUGUGAAGGAAUUAGGACAGGGGAAGUAAUCUUCACAAAGUCUCGUUCAGGCAAGACUUCACGUACCAGUGUUAGUGGAACUCCUCAGUCGGCCAGCAAGGGAGAUGGUGGUGUUUUAACCCUGCAGGACUUGGCUUCAUCUCCAAGUAAAAUCAAAUCUAGCAGAGGAAAAACAAAGGAAAGACAAAAGUCAGAGGAAAAAAUCAGGAAAAAUAUCAAAGAAUUGAAAGAAGAUCUCAACAUUUCUGAUUCUUCAAAAGAGAAUGAUAAAGUUACAUCAAGGAGGCACAAAAAACCCAGCAGGGACAGAGAUGACCUGGAAGUCAAUGAGAUAGUGGAGGGAACAGAUGAGCCUAAGAUGACAGGGGUGGUGGAUAUGGAGGGUCCUACUGCUCAAACCACCAGGAAGGCUGUGUUUGGUCCCAGGAACCCAGAGACUGAAGGGGCCAAGAGAGAAGGUGGAUGGAGACCGACUGAGGGAAGUAUGAGUGGGUCAGUCCGAUCUACAGGAUCUCAGUCUUCAACUAUCAUGGCCGUCGAGCUUCUAAGGAAGCUGUACAACGUGGAUCCAAGAACUAGACAAGACCUUGUUCUUAAAGCCAAGUGCUUUAGAAGGUGGUUGAAGAAUGUGCAGUCAAUGCAGUCCAUAGAUGAGAAGGAUCCCUACGCCCAGUCUGGCCAAGAAUCGUAUGUAGGGGGCCCCAGACAGGGGCUGGGUGGUUUGCUAGGCUCUGCACAGCUGACUGAGACAGACAUUGGGGACAAUGCUUUGUUGAGUUUUCCACAUGACAAUCUGCAAACUUAUGAGCAAAAUGGUGUGGGCUUAAAUAGGAACACUGUAGAGUAUAAAGGCACUAAUUUCAUAAGAUAUGACACAAGGUUUGGUGAGCAUCGCACACCAGGUGAAAAAAUUACCACAAAGGUUGCACCUAUUACAAAGGAGAAUUUAGAAAGACACACCCAAAUAGUGCAAAGUAAUAUUCAACCUUUCUCCAGUAUUCAUUUGAAUGAUGGACCCUCCGCAUUCACCAUUGUUAGACCAUGUCCAGCAAAUCAGAAAGAUUCACCUGGAGAAAAUGGAAAUCCCCCAACUCCUCGAUCACGGGUAACAAGGGGAAAUAGCACUGGUCAAGCAGUUCAAAGCACAGACAAAAUACUUUACCCUCAGACACACUUUGCCAAUUUUAAUGCUGACCCACAAGUUAAGAUUUUCUCAGACAGUAUUGCACGUGUGGCCAGUGUGCCUGCUUCUCAGCCUGUGACGUGUUCUGCUAGCAGGUGUGUGACUGAUAGUGCUAGAAUAGCUAGGAGACUGGGACGGGCCACUAAUCUGGUCCUCCCCUCCGUGUCUGAGAGCUUUACACAGCUUCUGGACACAGCAAAUUAUGGGGUCUGUCUGCAAAGUGCUGAAAUGUUUCAUCGCCGUAGAGUCCAGAGGGAUUUUUUUCUGAAAUGGAAGAAAAAUGCAGCUGAGCAUGUAAUCAUCAGGGCUGCAGACAACCUCCAUAGGUUACACUCUCUGAAAAAAGGAAUGAAUGCCUUUAAGUGGGCCAUCAACCGGUCAAGAAUCAUGGUGGACAUUUAUCAGAAUAAACUAAAAGGAGUACUGGUCACAGCUACCUUCUACAAGUGGAGGGACCAAGCUAACAUCAGUCGGCAGAGGAGAAUGCAGAAGACUUUUGACAGAUGGAGACAUUUUACAGAGGAGUCGCAGAAAAUUCGCUACCUACAAGACUCCAUGGAUCACAAGCUGUUGAUCCGAACAAUGAACACCUGGAGAGAAAAGUUCCAGAUUCGAGUUAAAGAGAACUCGGCUCAUAAUCACUUCAGGAGGAGGGUUUUAACUCAGAGCCUCACAGCAUGGAGGAUUUACACCCUGGAGUCUAAAGAAAAACAGAGAAGAGAUGAGAUGGCUAGAAAUUUGUACAGUGAGAGACUACAGAGUAAAAUGUUAACUAGCAUGGUGAUACAGUACAGAAAAAUGUCCCUGGCCAAACUUCAUCACAGAGACCAUUUUCUUCAAAAACUGUUACUUGAAUGGAAGCAGGCAGCCUCUAUCAGUCGUAAGGAGUAUGAGAUGAAUCUGGUUCUGAGCCAGGAACACUGGGAAAAAAACCAGCUCCAGCAUCGCUUCCAGCACUGGCAUGACCUACUUUUGACUGAGAGAGCAAUCAAAGCAGGCAAUCAGAAACUUGUCAGAAAUGCAUUUAUUAUCUGGAAUACAAGCUGGCAACAUCAGGUUCGAUAUCGAGAAGAAAUUCACGCUCGCAUCCGACACAAAAUCCUGUCUACUUCUCUGAACUGCUGGAAAGAAAAUGUGGCCGUAUUGAAGAAGCGUCGUGAGGCAGCAGUGGUUUUCCUGCAGCGAGUCUUAGUGAGACAUAGUUUGCACGGCUGGCAAAACUACACACAGCACAAACGACAGCUCAGCACUAAGAUGGCAUUUUUAAGAACAAUUCAGGAGACUUUGACAUAUCGCUUGAACAUUAAAAUACAACAGAAGGUUAUGUCUCUAUGGAAACGGCAAGUGGAAGAGAGGCUCAAUUUACGCCGUGCUCAAACGUUUUGGUCUAAUACUUGUGCCAGGAAGUCAGUUGUGCAGUGGAAGAAGGUCUGUCACAAGAGAUCACUACGUAGGCUGCUCAGUGAUACAGAGCCAAUCAGAAAACAGAAUCUACUCAAACGAAUGUUCCAGAAGUGGUUGAACGUAAAGGAGCAGAUUGAGUCAGAGAAUCAGGAGGUGGAACAGACGAGGGCAAUAUUAGACAGGACGCAGCUAGAAACUCGCUUCAGUCACUGGAAGGCAGAGACGUUACUGAGGAUACGGAUCAGACCGCUGGUCCAGCGCAGGCAGACAGUGCUAGUUACAGAUUCAUUUAAAGCUUGGCAUUCUUUGGUGCAGCAGAAGAAAGACUGUAGAAGAAACAACAUGAUCUUCAUGAAAUCCAAACUCAGAAAGUGCUUCAAUGCCUGGAGGAGACAAUUUCUAUUGCAAGCUGUGGAGAAAGACUUGAAAAAGAAAGUAGAAGCAGGCUUUGUGAGGAAGUGUCUGACAGGAUGGAGAGAAGUGAUCAGGAGAAAGAAGGAAGCACAGCAAUUCCACAGCAGACAACUUCUGAAGCAGACAUUUGUAGAGUGGCACUACAAGGCCAUUAAAAAGAUGAAAGAGAGACUGGCUACAAAAGAGGAACAGGAAUACAACAAUUUCUUGCUCAAAUCCUAUUUCAAUUUGUGGCUGACCAAUGCACAACAACAGAGGAGAUAUGAACAGGACAUUAUAGACAGGGCAGAGGAGAGCCAAAAGAAUAAACAGAUUGAGUCCUCCUUUAAAUUCUGGAGACACCAUCUCAGGGCCACACUUGUUGCAAGAGAACACCAGAAGAUGUUACAGAGGAAGCUGAUGAUACAGGUGAUUGUGGAAUGGCGUAGUAUCUCAGAGAGGGGCAUCAAACAAGCAGUACAUGAAUUUGCUGUCCGUAUUGGACUACAAACUCCCGAAGACUACUCUGGGGAGGCCCUCAGUACUUCAGGAGAUUCUGCAGAGACACCUGAGAGACUCCAGUUGCUGACAGACAUGAUACUGGCCAGUGAGAACACCAGUGGAAUACACAGUCCUGUGGCAUCGUCUACAAUGGGCACGCCCAUGAAGAGUAUUUUGGAAUCACCCAGAAAGAAGAGGUUAUUUUCUCCAGCCUUGAGUCGUGUGAGUCUUGACUUGGAUAGGUCCAUUCCAGAAAUGGACCUCAAACCCUCCCUCGUUAACACCAGUUUUAUUGAUGCCAGAUUUGAGAUGGAACAGGCAGUCAAGACAGAAAGAAUGAAGACCUUGGUGACAACAGCUGUGAAGAGGAUUCAAUUCUGGCCAGUCAGUAUUAUUUUUGAUCAGUGGUGGGAGUACACUGUUCACCAGAGGGAGCUCCGAACACUUUGUAAACAGGCCAGUGAUGUCAUACAGAGACAGAGGUUAAAGUUCACCUUUGGGGUUUGGAGGUCACUCUACCAGAGAGAGACUCAGGCUAGGCAGUUCAGGGAGGAAUGUUUGAAGAGACAUGUCUUUGAAGCACUGCAGGAAAACAAAAAGAUGAUGAAGUACAAGAAAGAGAUGACUGCACUUGCUCAUGACUAUCAUUCAUUAAUGGUGUUCAGAAAAAUAUUUCCAGUUUGGUUUGAAAAGGCACAAGAAAUGAGACAUACCCGCAGUGUUAUUCGUAUCUGGAACACUAGAACAGAACAGGAACAGGGGUUACUUCCCUUGGAAGAUACUCUUCAUCACAGACUGUCCAUGAGGACCUUAAGGAAGUGUUUUGCUGUAUGGCAGCUUAAAUUCCUGCAGAUUGACAGACUGAGAAAAAUAUAUAAUAAGAUUAUACAGAAAAGGUUCUUUGAAGUUUGGAGAGAAUGGGCUCAAAGAAAAGCUCAGUUGCGAAGGGAGAGCCAGAAUUUCAGCAAUCACAGAGUACAAACUUGGGCUUUUAACACUUGGGUUCUUCGUCGACAACAAAUGGUUGUCAUUGAUCAAAAGGUCAAGGACACUCAAACACAGCACAUGAGGUUGAUGUUACAGAGUUGGUACCACUGGGCCUCAGAACACAAGAAAAGAAAGCUGGCAAGUGUGAUGGUGAUGCAGACCUCACAGAGAAACCUUGUGAUGAGAACUUUUGCAACAUGGAGAAUCCAGACUGAGAAAUGUCAACAGUUAUCUAAGUGGUGUCAGCAGAGACUGAUGAUCAGAGUAAUCCGAGAGUGGCAGGAAGUAGUGGAAUGGAAGAAACAAAUGAGACAGAAAGUCCUGUCAUUCCAAGUGAAGUCUUAUACCAAACAGGUGAUAAGGAUGUUCAAGAUUUGGCACUUUCAGUAUUUGGAGCGUGUACAGCAGCAUGAAGAGCAUGAAGCAUACAUCAGGAGACGUGUGUUGGAGUAUGGCAGACAUUGGAGGAAGCAGGCUCAGAAAGCAAGGGGCAGACAACUCCAUCAGGUGUUCAUGUAUAGACAGGUUGCUACCUGUUUUGCCAAGUGGAAGUAUGGUUAUGAGAGGAACCUGGAAAGGGAGAAUCAGUUGAAUAAGUACAUUGUUCGCAGGAAUAGAAAGAUUCUGGGAACUUUCCUUGAUGACUGGAAAAUCAAGUUACUCUCAAAUCAGGCUACAAGGCACUUUAAUGUCAAGCUAUUAGGAACAUUCUUUAGUGAAUGGCAUGUAUUUGCUUCAGAAUCCAGACAGAGGAGACAGACAUGUGCCGUGUAUCAGAGAGCACUAGAACAGCAGAGUCUGAAGACGUAUUUCCAGUACUGGCACAGCCUCACACAGGUCCAGAAUGACAUCAAGAAACACUGCCAUCUCAAACUACAGAUCAGAGUGCUGAGGGAGUGGCAUAUGUAUGCUCGUCGACGUCGACAGCUGGCCACACUAGGGACUGUGCUGACAAAACACAUACAGACAAACACAUUGAAGAGGGCAUGGUACAUCAUGAAAACACGAGCUGAUUAUUGCCAGAACCUCAAUGAAACUGCUAAUAAGGUGAUAACAGAGAAGAAUCAGCAAUCUAUGAGACUGGCCUUGUCUGUAUGGUGGAAGCGACUGAACCGUAUCAUUGCAGGCCACUGCUAUCACCAUCUUCUAGCCAGGAGAACUGUGAGGCAGUGGAGGUGGUUUGUGGAGAAAAAGAAAGAAGAGCGGGAAAUAGAGAGACAGAAGAAUGGGAAAGCCAUUUUACAUCACAACAGACACAUCUGUAAAUUGGCCUUCAGAGCCCUACACAAUGAAGUCAAGGUCAAGCAUCAGCUACAAAGACACAAACUGAGGUUACAAUUGAAAUAUGGCAGUCUCUGGAAACACCGAGUGGACUUGAUGUACACUGCUAAAUGUGUGGAGGAAGAGAGACUUUUAUUACAAUCUUGGGAUACAUGGAGGAUAGCAUUUGCCAAGCGUCGUGCAGCAAACAAAGUGACAGCCUACAGUGAUAGGCAGAUAUUGUCACAGGCAUUUUUGGCAUGGAAAGAAGUUUGUUUUGAAAGGAUUGAUAAAGUGAGGAAGUCGGUCCAGUUUUACCUGCCACCAACAGAACCUCCAAUGUUUAAACCCUCCCAGCUCCCUACCCCCAUCAGCAGGUCUCAGGGCAAAUCCUCCAGGAAAUCAACUGUAAUGGCCUAGAUUUUACUCACAGCAAGGCUUCAAAACUCAAAACUUGAACUCGUCUCAACAAUUCUAGUGAAAAUGUGAAACUCUUAUCAUCUGCAUGGAUUAUUUUACAAUUGUGAGAGAUUUUUGAAUUCAUAAUAAUUUAUUGUGUGUGUAACUUUUGUAUGUGUGUGCUUGUAUUUAAGUAUAGGAAUGACUGCCAAAUGUAAUAAGCAUUCUAGUCAGUAUUUAUUGAAGCCAUUUGUGUUAAUUAUGCAUUCCAUUUUAUGUUUUAAAAUAAAAACAGGGUUUGGUAUAUUAUGUAAAUAAAUCUGUGAUAUCACUGUGUGCCAAACUUAAAAGCAUGUUCCCUAUCCCUGUAAUGGGAUAUAAAGGUGCUGUUAUUUCAAAAUGUAAAAUACAUGGACCUUACACUGCAAACCUCUACAGCCAUACACAUCUGUGAUAGUUAUUUUUUCAAAGAAAUCCGUGUUGAUCUUUAAGUAUUUUUGUUGCACUCCUUUUCAUGUGUUGGGUAUAUGUUUUUUUUGUGUUUUAUUCAAAUUCUUCCAUUCCACAAAUAAA